UUUCUCCCUUUCCUUCCCAUCCCUCCUCCUGCAUUGAAUGCCUUAGUUACUCCUCCAACGACGACGAUAUCAACGUCGUCCCCACUCCUUUGCCACCUUAAUUAGAUCAACCUGAUUCCUUCUAACGUAGGUCGAUUGGAAGCUUUGAUUUGGAAAUGGACCCGUCGGAGCUGAAGCGGGUGUUCCAGAUGUUUGACCGGAACGGGGACGGCAGCAUCACGAAGAAGGAGCUGCAGGACUCGCUCAAGAACCUGGGCAUCCACAUCGCAGAGGAGGAGCUGGCAGCGAUGAUCGAGAAAAUCGACGUGAAUGGGGAUGGGUGCGUGGACAUGGAGGAGUUCGGGAUACUGUACCAGUCAAUUAUGGACGAGAGGGACGAGGAUCCGGAGGAGGACAUGCGGGAAGCGUUCAAUGUGUUUGAUCAGAACGGGGAUGGAUUCAUCACGGUGGAGGAGCUGAGGUCGGUGCUCAGCUCCCUCGGCCUUAAGCAGGGACGAACCGUCGAGGACUGCAAGAAGAUGAUAAGCAAGGUGGACGUCGACGGUGACGGCAAGGUCAACUUCAAUGAGUUUAAGCAAAUGAUGAAGGGCGGUGGCUUCGCGGCCUUGAGUUGUUUAUGGUGUCGCUUGGAGCAUCCUGUCUGCUGGUCCCCACGUCACAUCAGAAGACAUAUCUCCGCAUUUUUGUUAUUUGAUCUUGGUAUAUGAGAUGUAUGUAUUUGGCUUUGUGUGUUCCGGUUUUGUGUUCGGAGUGUUGAUGCUGUUAUGUGAUGUUUUGUACUGGUUGUUAGUGUGUAAGCCUAGCCGGCUAGCAGUCUUUGUAUUUUGGUUUGUAUUUGGUUUCUGUCAUUUUUUUCGUGUUUUGGUUUUGUUCCAGCCGAGUGGGCUGAUGAUAUAUAUAUAACUGCGUGG